AGAUGAUCAUGAAUCCAUCUGACUUUACGGCAGUCACCUUUUUGCAGUCCGCAACGUGCAGCCAAUCAGCGGCAGUGAAGGACACGCGGACGCCUGGGCUGUGGAAAUAACGUCGAUACACGGGACGUCUCCCUGCGAGACGGGGACCCCGGAAGACAAAGAAAGCCGCGAGAUAACUGAAAUCUGCUAGUGUAUCUGUUUCGCAGUCAUGUUAUCAAGCACGUUUUCUGUUGGUUUGUCAGACAUUAUAAUUAUUAUAUGAGGCGUGUUGGGACUUGUUUUCAACUCAUCUUUCAACUGUUUUUGUUGCGACUUCUCCAAGCUGCUUUCUUUGUGUUGGAGGGCAUCGUCUACUUAUGGGUGACUCACAAUCCUGACAAUGAAAUUCUGAACCAUACCAGAGAAUUCUACAGGCAAAUGUCAAGGAGUCACAUUCUCCCGGAUAAAAGAGUGCCAAUGUGUACAACUGCACCAGUGCCAAUGAGUUAACGUUAGGCCAUUCCAUUUACUAAUUAGGAUCCCAUGUACAUUGUUCCCCCUCCUCUAUUCUUUCUCCCUUAAAAGCACCACACUAUGGGCCAGAAGAUUGCACUGAGCAUUAAGUCAGUGGAUGUACCUGAGGAGCCUUCAUACAGGCCAGUACGACAGGAACUGCGAGGUCCAGAUUUCUGUCGACCACCCAGACUGGACUUACUGCUGGACAUGCCCCCAGCCAGUCCUGAGACUCAGCUACACCACGCCUGGAACCCUAAUGAUCGGUCUCUCAAUGUCUUUGUUAAAGAAGAUGAGAAGCUGACGUUCCACAGACACCCAGUAGCCCAGAGCACAGACUGUAUCCGUGGUAAAAUGGGCUACACCAGGGGCCUCCAUGUUUGGCGGAUUCACUGGCCAGCAAGACAAAGAGGGACACAUGCUGUUGUAGGAGUGGCCACAGUUGAAGCCCCUUUACACUCAGUGGGCUACACUGCUUUAGUGGGAUCAGAUGCAGAGUCCUGGGGCUGGGACCUGGGACGAAACAGACUCUACCACGAUGGAAAAAAUCAACCAGUUUCUUUGACUGCGCCCACAUACCCCAACUUCCUUGAGCCAGAUGAGUCCUUUGUGCUCCCAGACUCCCUGGGAGUAAUACUUGAUAUGGAUGAGGGCUCACUGAGCUUUAUGAUAGAUGGACAGUACCUAGGAGUAGCGUUUCGAGGGCUCAAAGGCAAGAGACUGUAUCCUAUAGUCAGUGCUGUGUGGGGACACUGUGAAGUGACUAUCCGCUACGUCAAUGGACUAGAUCCGGAACCCCUCCCCCUCAUGCACCUAUGCAGAAGAGUUGCCCGCCUGGCUCUGGGCAGGGAGCGCAUCCAUCACAUCGACACGCUCCCGCUGCCUCAGACUCUCAAGAACUACCUCCAGUACCAGUGAUAAUGUACACACCCUCACACAGUUGUGGGAGGCGCGCAACAUUUAUUGUUACUCCACCCCCCCCCCCAAAAAAAAAAAAACAAACAAAAAAAAAACUAUUACUACUAAGUAACUAUGACUGAAUUAAAACACCAGGUAUCAGCUGAUGAUGUCAAUGAGGACACAAGUUAAACAAAUAUGUGAACGAUAGAAUUUUAAAUCCCUGGAUUAUUUUCUUCUCCCAAACAUAAGAGUUUCAGUGUAAAUUAUUAGUAUUUUUUUAAGCAACAACAGCCUUCUGCUCUUCACAGACUCAUCCAAAUGAGUAAAAUACCUCAAGGCCUUAGUUUUAUGAGUGUUUAUUUUGGCAAAAAAUGUCAGCUUGCAUAGAUUUUCUGAUUUAAUAGUAUGAGAAAAUGUGUCUAAACCUUACAUUGCCAUUUUUUUUUCUCUACAGACUUUGUAGAAGCAUCCAUGCUGGUUGACAUAUUUGUAUGUGCUCAAAAUGACUGACAUGCUUGCUCUUUAGUCACUGAUUUGAAAAUCUUUAAUUUUGUCAUCGAAUGUGCCUGCUUUUAAGACAUUAGAAACACAAAAAGCACCUGACACUUUUUCCCCCCCAAGUGUUAUCAGAGUUUUAAAUUCUGCUUUUCUAUCAUCACGUUAAAUUUGUGGGUUUUAGCCCUAGUCUGCAUUGUAAAACUAUGAUGUGUUUUUCCCCUGCACAUUUUGAGAUUUGUCUGCAGGGCCGGAUGUCUCGCAGGGAUCUGAAGACUUUUUAGGAAAACCUGUCUUUUAAACGUGAAUGAGAAUAAACUUGGCUAAACUCA